AUGUUUUCUUCCGCUGACGGACCGCUCUUUCCUUCCCCGCCGCCUCUCGAUGGAUUCUAUCCGCCGCAAAUGCCGCCGCAUGUGUCGCCGCGAGGGGGGAAUCCCGCCGCUUCCGGCGGAGGCCACCUCCCGUUCCACCCGCCGUUCGACACGCCGUACGACGCGGCGUACGACGCGGCGUACGAUGCUACCUACGAUGCGGCGUAUGACGUGGCGUACGAUGCGGCGCCGUACGACGACAUGAUGGCGAUGGUUCCGAUGAUGGUUAACGCGCCGCCUUCUCCUCCUGCUGCUUCAUUCUUCGAAGCAACGCCUGUAACGGCGGGCUAUCAGCGAAAGGCGCAUCGGCAGCAUCAGCAGCAGCAGCAGCAGCAGCAUCACCAACCGUACUUCCAUCAUUCCCACCACCCGCUUCCUCACCCGCCGCACUUUGCGCCGCAUCUUCCGCCGCCUUACAUCCACCACGGCUCUAUGAUGAUGCCGCGCCCGUCGCCGUCCCACGCGGCGGCGUUUGCGGCGGCGGAGCGCGGCGGCGUCGGCGGCUCCCGUGGCAUGAUGCACAUGCGGCAGCACGCGCCGACCCCCCCGCAUAUCCCGGGCGCUUUGUGCGACUAUGAGGACCCUAGCUACUAUUCCACGCUUUAUUUCCGGCCAGAGGUGCAGGUGGUGGUGCUGACGUCAAGAAUCAAGGACAAAGUAUCCCCGUUAGAGAAAACUCGUUGGCUGGACCAGCACUUGUCCUACCGCAUCUGUCCCUACCCCAUACGCCAUAUCGAGUUCACUCAUGCCGGGGACGCAGUCAUCGAGUUUGUGUCACACGUGGCGAUGAUGAAAGCACUGCAACGCGCGCCCUUGCACUGGGACUCCCCUUCUGCUUCCGCCACAGCUGCUGCUACUUCCACUGCUGCUGCCGGUCGUGUCGGUUCUGUUGCUUCUGGCGUUGCCGGUGCUCCUGCCGGCAGCAAGAGCGGAUGGCAAGCCUAUCUUGAAACAUUACCAGAACGAACUCCUUCGGCAGCAGCGACAGCAGCGACAACGACAGCAGCAAGAGCAGCAGCAGGGAGGCGGGGAAGGCAGGUGGUGGCAGUGCGGGCAUGCACAGAGGACGAUAUACGGGCGCUCUUCUGGGUGGGACUCUCCUUUCCCUCCUGCUUCUCGCUCGCCGACACACUACCAAUGAUCAAGCAGGCCCUACAGCCGUACGGUGAGGUGCGAGGGGUGUACUCGCCUCAUCCUAGCUCUCAGGAGUUUGAACAAAUGCAUGGGGGAGGACAACAAGCACAGCAGGAGCAGCAGGAGCAGCAGGAUCAGAAGGAGGAAGAGAAGCAGGUCAGAGGCAAGAAUGAGGAGGAGGAGAGGGAAGAAGAGGAUGAGGAGGACGACGAGAAGAAGGAAACUGACAAGGAGAUCUGCGACAGCAGCAGCACAAGCAGCAGCAUGAGCAGCAACAGCAGCGACGGCGGCCAAAGUGCCAUCAUCACCACCAGAAGCAGCAGCAGCAGCAGCAGCAGUGAUGGUGACAGCAGCGGCGACGAGGGAGAGAGCAACGACGCACAAGGGAUCGGUAACACUGAGAGAAACAAGAACCAGAAUCCCAGUUCCUUUCCUAAUAGAAACCCCUCCUCCUCCUCCUCCUCCCCACGCUCCCCAACCUCCUUACCCUCCUCGUCCUCCACACCCUCCGCACAAUCCCCACCCACCUCCCCACCCGCCUCCCCACCACCUGCCGCCUCUCCCUCCUCUUUCCCCUCUGCUGCUCUUCCCUUCUCUGUCUCCUCCUCCGUCCGCCUCCCCCCUGGCUGCAUGCUCAAGCUCUACUUCGCGCCGUCCGGUCGCCGCCACUUGCCUCCGACUCUGCACAUCGGCAAGCACGACAGGCGCAACAAGGCUCGUCACCCUCUCAUUGCACGUCUCUUCACCCCGCACGGCCCUCUCUCCGUCACGUGUGCUGACUUCGGUCCCAACCACUCCAUGCACGGCUGUCCCGCAUGCGACAUGCACCAGCAGCAGCAACAGCAGCAGCAGCACAUGUGCGGCGCUUUCGGCGACUACUGGGAGUCGGUAGCGUAG